AUGAAUGCUCUCAGUAGAUAUCCCAGUCCAGCCUGUGCCACCCGCAAGUACAUGAACAUUGAUUCUCAUCAGGGUGAGUACCAAAGAAAACUCUACAGUGAGCUGCUGAAAAACUACAAUCGACUGGAACGUCCUGUGGCGAACGAUAGUCAGCCUCUGGUCGUUGACCUUGGAAUCGCCUUCAUUCAGAUAAUCGAUGUGGAUGAAAAAAAUCAAAUGUUGAUGACAAAUGUUUGGUUGCAAAUGUAUUGGACAGACUACUACCUGUCUUGGAACCUUGCUGAGAACCCUGGUGUUCGAACUCUGCGUUUCCCUUCACAUCAGGUUUGGGUGCCAGAUAUUCUCCUCUACAACAGCGCUGAUGAUAGAUUUGAUGCUACUUACCACACCAAUGUUCUUGUCAAUUCCAGCGGACGCUGCCAAUACCUCCCACCAGGUAUAUUGAAGAGUACGUGUUAUAUUGAUGUCCGCUGGUUCCCCUUUGACAUCCAGAAGUGUGAAUUAAAAUUUGGCUCCUGGACACAUAAUGGCUGGAUGAUCGACUUGCAGAUGAUGGAAGCUGAUAUUUCAGGCUAUAUACCAAAUGGGGAAUGGGAUCUUGUUGGAGUCCCAGGAAAGAGGAAUGAGCGGAACUAUGAAUGCUGUGAGGAGCCCUAUACUGAUGUGACCUACACUGUAACAAUGCGUCGGCGUACACUGUAUUACGGAUUAAAUCUACUGAUUCCAUGCGUCUUGAUAUCUGGGCUGGCGCUCCUUGUAUUCUUAUUGCCGGCUGAUUCUGGAGAGAAAAUUUCAUUAGGGAUCACUGUGCUCUUGUCCUUAACUGUUUUCAUGCUGCUUGUUGCUGAGAUUAUGCCAGCAACAUCUGACUCCGUCCCACUGAUCGCUCAAUACUUUGCAAGCACUAUGUUCAUCGUGGGUCUGUCUGUGGUUGUCACUGUGCUGGUUCUUCAGUUUCAUCACCACGAUCCUCAUGCGGGGAAAAUGCCCAAGUGGGUGAGAGUGUUCCUGUUGAACUGGUGUGCCUGGUUCCUCCGAAUGAAGAAGCCUGGCGAAGGCAAGAGUGACAUCCCCUACAGGUACAGCCGGCAGCAGCCACAGAGCAUCAGCAGCGUGGAGAUGAGCGGCCUCUCUGGACAGCAGACCAUCAAUGGCAAUAUGAUCUACUUUGGCUACCACACCAUGGAGAACCCGUGCUGCCCUCCUAGCAGCGACUCGGGGGUCAUGUGUGGACGGAUUACCUCCUCCACCACCGAGGACCACGGCAUGGUUCAGAGCAGCCCUCCCCCAGAGAGCCCCCCCGAGAUCCUGAAGAUCCUGGAGGAGGUGCAGUUCAUUGCCAAGCGCUUCAGGGACCAGGACCAGGGAGAGGCCAUCUCCAGCGAGUGGAAGUUUGCCGCGGCAGUGGUAGACAGACUCUGCCUUGUGGCGUUCACGGUUUUUUCUAUAGUUUGUACAUUCGCCAUUCUAAUGGCCGCCCCUAAUUUCAUAGAAGCCGUUUCUAAGGAUUUUGCAUGA